CAACUCUCUACAGUGACGGAGAAAGUCCCUCUGGCUCCUCUUCUUUCCCUUUUAUAGCUAAAACUCCUUGAGAAUGGGGGAAUCGAGGGCUCUGAGCCGUCUGCUCAAUAAAGUCCAGGCCUACUCUACCGCCGGGGGGGAGGUCUGGCUUUCGGUCCUCUUCAUCUUCAGGAUCCUGGUCCUGGGCACUGUGGUGGAAUCAGCCUGGGGAGACGAGCAGUCCGCGUUCAAAUGUAACACGAAGCAGCCUGGUUGUGAAAACGCUUGCUACGACAAAUGUUUUCCCAUCUCCCAUGUCCGCUUGUGGGUCCUCCAGAUUAUCUUUGUUUCUACGCCCACUCUUCUGUACCUGGCUCAUGUCUUCUACGUGGACAGGAAGGAACAGAAUUUCAACUGGAAGGAGGAGGAGCUUAAAGCCGUGCAAACUGACGGCGGCGACGUCAACAUCCCGCUGAAGAAAAUCGAGAUGAAAAGGAUAAAGUAUGGCGUUGAGGAGCACGGCAAAGUCAAUAUGAAAGGGGCCCUGCUCAGAACCUAUAUACUCAGCAUUUUCUUCAAGUCUAUGUUCGAGGGGGGCUUCCUGGUCAUCCAGUGGUACAUUUACGGCUUCAGCCUCUCUGCAGUCUACAACUGUGAGAGGUCCCCGUGCCCCCACAGUGUUGACUGUUUCGUGUCCCGUCCCACGGAGAAGACGAUCUUUGUCGUCGUCAUGCUUGUGGUUUCGCUGCUGUCCAUACUGCUAAACGUCAUUGAGCUUUUCUACGUGUUUUUUAAGAGGAUCAAGGAUUGUGUGAAGGGCAAACAUCCGCCCAUCCUCUACCCUAGUGCGGGCACCAAGUACGCCUACCAUAACCGUUGUUCCUCCACGACUGCCCCACUCUCACCCAUGUCCCCCCCAGGCUACAAACUGGCCAAAGGGGAGCGUGGAACCGGCUCGUGCCGCAAUUAUAAUAAGCAGGCCAACAAGCAGCACUGGGCCAACUACUCCAUGGAACAAAACCGGCUCGGCCAGAACAGUGCAGGAAGCACUAUUUCAAACUCCCACUCACAAGCCUUUGACUUCCCAGAUGACACCCAAGAGCAUAAGAACCUUUCCUCGAUGGCGGGACACAAGAUGCAGCCGCUGGCGCUGAUGGACGCCAGGCUGUGUAGCCAGGUCAGCAGCCGGAUGAGCAGCCGAGCUAAGCGAGACGACCUGUACGUGUAAGCCCUUUGUCUUCUGUUGAUCAAUGGGCAUUGUCCCUGUUAGAACAGUACUUCCACCUUAGCUCCUUAGAGAGGAAAGUGAUAAUCAUAGGUCAUAUUAGCAUAUUAGCACACACACACACACACACACACACACACACACACACACACACACACACACACACACACACACACACACACGUACCUUUGCAUUGAAAGAUAGUUUGAUAGUUUGAUGGACUCGGCCACACUUGCAUUGAGUUGCUUUGACAGCCUGCUUGCAUUAUAUAGCUGCAUUUAUUUGUGAAUCGACAUUAUUCAUUAUCAUUUUCUUCUGUUUUCACUUACAUUAAUACGAUCUUAUCCCAGUUUCAGUCAUAACAAAAGUUAUUUUUAUCGUCCAGACAUACAUUAAUUGUAUCUGUGAAAAGCUAUUUUAACCAAUAAAUACUUUUCUGUCCUAA